AAAGCUCUAGUACCAAUAUAAAGAAGAAAAUAACUUUAACUGAUGCACAAAAAAAGGAAUUAUGUAGAAAAAAAUACAAUAAUCCUAAUUUAAAAGGUAUUGAAUUAGCUAAGGAGUAUGGAAUAAGUGAACAAUCAGUAUCAGAUAUUCUCAAACAUUCUGAAUACUGGUUAGGUCUCAAAGAUAAUUCUACUUUAAUUCAAGCUAAACGUAUAAUUAUUCAUAGUUGGGGUAGAGCUGGUAUACUUCCUUCUAUUACUUCUAUGCCUGAAAAAACCAGAUUAGAUGUGUUCUUGUUUGAAGAAACUGAAUUAAAUGUGUCUAUAUCUGAGAAAACUGAAUUGGAGAAAGAAAUUAUAAAUCUUAUUCAACGUUUACCAAUUGAUGAUCCUAUAAAUGCAUAUAAAUAUAUUGAGAUUGACAAUUAUAUAAAUAUCGAAGAAGACUUAACUAUAGAUGAUAUUAUUGAUGUAGUAAAUAAACAAGAUAAGAGUGAAUUAGAAAAAGAACAAAAUGAAGAAAUGAUUAAAAUUGGAAAUGCAAUGGUAGAACUUGAUAAGGUAAUAAAAUAUAUUCAGCAAAAUGAUCUAAAAAUUACUUCAUCUUUAAUAAAAGACUUAUAUAGCCUUAAAAAGUAA